CACCUAUUUAUGAUAUUAUUUACAAUACGGAGAAAACGAAACUAGAUGUGGGAUAUUGAUCUCUUCAUUGGUUAUGUUGUAUAACUUGGGAGAGCAUAAUUGAUUUUAUAUAAUUCAUGAAAUUGAUUUGCCCAAGACAUGGAAGUUCCAGGAAAGAGGGAAAAGAAUAAUGUUUCUUGCAAACCUUGCGAAGAAAAUGAAAUAAGAACACAAGCCGAGGGGUUUUGUACCAGUUGUGAAGAGUAUAUGUGUUCCAAUUGUUUUGAUACACACAAAAAAUGGAAACUAAAUCGAGAACACAGUUUAAUUGACUGUAAUGAGACAAUAACGCAGAGAGAAAGUGCGAAUGAAUUCGAAAAUUGUGAGCAACAUUCAGAUGAACCCGUAAAGUUUUACUGCGUGCAGCACGAGCAAGUUGGUUGCGGAGAUUGUAUGAUCAUAGGUCAUAGGUCGUGUAAGGUAGACUAUAUUCUAAACAUUAAAGGCACACCAGAGUACGAGUCUUUGACCAAAGGACCGGAAAUAUGUAAGAUUGAAGCUAAUCACGUAUUGUCGUCAAUUAAGAACAAUAUAGUUCAAGUUGAUGAUAUCAGUGAAAAGUUCAAACAGGACGUUUACCAAUUUUGGGAAGAGAUAAUUACACAAAUAAACAACUUAAGAGAAUGUAUGCUAAAGGAAGGCGAAUGCAUUAAGGCUAAAGAUAACUUAAAAAUGAGACAAUUACAAGACGAAACUGAGAGUCUGAUAAAUGAUCUUAAUGUCAUAUCUGAUUUAUUUGAGUCGACUGUCGAGAGUCCAUGUAAGCACUUUGUCUGUUCAGUCUCACAUAAACCAAGGCUUGAUGAACUGAGGAAACAACUUGAUGACAUAAAAAGCAAGAGCAAAAUUCAGGCUUACGAGUUCAAAACAGAUAACAAUCUAACUCGAACAUUAGCCAGCGCUGGUCAACUGGGAAUACUUCAGAAAGACAAGGAGGAACAAUUGAAAGACCAAGAGGAGAAUAAACAGCAGCAAAUUUCAAAAACUUUGCAAGCUUCGGGUUAUACGGAAAAAUGUAAGGCUGAUUCACAACCGUUGCUAGACAGACAGUUGAAAUGUACAAAUAUAAAAGUGGAUGGAAAACACCUCAGUUAUGAAGAGAAUAAAGACGGAGACGUAGGGCUAUUUGUCGACAAGAAUAGAAUGCUUCCUCGCAGUUACUUUGAGAUAAAGAUAUUGAGUUUGGGCCAACGUGGGACAAUUGCUAUUGGUUUGGUACCAAACAGUUACCCGGCUAAUAUACAGCCAGGAUGGGGACAUUACUCCAUUGGAUAUCAUGCGCACGAUGGCUGUCUAUACCACGAAUAUGGAAGAGGAAUUCAGUUUGGACCAAAAUGUCGCGAUGGUGACAAGAUUGGUUGCUGUAUAUAUCUGGUGCUUUUCCGGCGUGGUAAAAAUGUUGAGACGGUUGUCAAUGCCAUUUUUACAAGGAAUGGCGCAAAGACUGGAGAGAAGAAACUUAGCACCGGUCCCCUUUUCAAUCUAUAUCCUGCUGUAGGGAUGCAUUCUCCCGGAGAGAAGGUCAAAGUAAUUUUCCAUACAGGACUGCCUGCAUCGAUAAAACGAUAUACUAAAAUACAUUAAAUACUUGACUGUUGACAACGUUAAUGAAUGUUUAAUGAUAUUGAAUGUUAUCUAUGUUUUGAAAAGUUCAAUGAGGGAUACCGUUCUACAUAUAUCUUAACGAGUUAGAUUUUUUUUUACUUGGACAUAAAAUAUUUGCGCAGAAUGUGAACAAUUUUCUGUUAUCUACUGUGUAGUGAAAGAGGUACUCAAAUUUACUUUAACGCUAAAAUAAGAUACACUGUAUUAAAUCAUAUUCUAUGAAUAGGUUCGCAAAAAGUAUGAACAACUUUUUUGGAGACCAGUCAUUGCCUAUGAUUUUACAGCUGUACUAAAAGGUUGAUUUUUUACUGAAAAUCAUAUGCUAUACAUGCCCCUGCUUUCAAAGUUAUUGUCACAACAAUGUCACCGACUAUAAGUAACAAAAGUUGAACACAUGUUUUAUUAAAAGUCGUCCAAAGAAAGGUACGGCAAGAAUUUGCUUGUUCCAGAACAAUGUUUCGAAAGGACUUAUUUCAGACUUGUUAGUGCAAAAUUAAGUGAGAUUAUUAUAGAUAAAAAAGUUUUAUUCUCAAGACAGGCCGUGGAUGACAUAUUCCUUUUUCAAGAAAUGAAACUUAAUGUCUUUUGUAGAUUUUAUUGCUCUUGUAUAUUAGUCGACUAGAUUUAAACAAACAAUUACAACUAGAGUACUUUGUUGUAAAUAUAGUAAAUGAUUUACUGUAAAACGUCGAGAAAACAAGAGGAUUGCAUUCAUUCUGAAACAUCGAAAGAUUCAUCAUAAACGACAUAAAAAUACUUAAUAUAGGCUUUCGUUGAUUAUGAAUUAUGUUCAGUUUCAAUUAUGACUUAGUCUAUAUUAUUCUGGUUAAACGAAUUAUUUUAUAUUCAUUGCCUUUUUGGCUAAUAAUAUUCGAGAAAAGUUGAUUGUAUUGAAAACAUACAAUGAACGUAUACAUAAAAUUUCAUGUAAGUACUAUGAUUCACUGAUUCGCCUUAAAACAAAACAAAACAUUUUAUGGUACAUAUUUUUUUUAAUAUAGAUUGGAUUGCAUUAUAAAUAAUGCUAGUAUUAAUGAAAAACAUUACUGUCUUGGGAAAAUGUUUCAUGUAAAAAUAUAAAAAGUAACAUUUCCUACACUUUUGAAUUAAUAUCGUUUUCUUGACUUAUAUGUUUUACUGAACUUUAGUAACUGGAACUUUAAUCUUUAUAGAAAAGUUCCAUCAAGUCAUCAAUGCAUUGUAAUUUUAAUAUCUUAUAUAAUAAAGAUGUCUUUUUAUCGUUGUUUGCCUACGAUAAUAAUGCAAAAUAUUUUGGCUCAGCCCUUCUAAUUGUUUUAUAAAUACAUGUGUGUUUAUGUAAAACCUAUGUAUAUUUAUAUAUGCAAU